CUUGUCGACUUUUCCACCAAUUCGCUCAUGUCUGGCGUCACCUUCGACUCAGAUACGCAUGGUGGCUCCCAUGACUCCCAUGACUCCAGAUACACCAGAUACGGAAACACCGACCGAACGAAAACGAGUGCGCCGCUGGCACCACCGAGGCUUCACCGGCUGUUCAACAUGCCGCCGCCGUCACGUCCGCUGCGAUGAGGCAUCCCCGGUUUGCAAUAAUUGUGUGCGCUUGGGACGCGAAUGUGAUGGGGCUCAGGGAAGGAUGACCUUCAAGGUCUAUGGGCCUACCUCAGAAUCCCCGCCAGAGCCAUCGGCACCGACACGACGGAAGAAGAUUACGAACACCUCAAUACCCAGCCCGGAGUCUGGGUCGAGCGACACAUCUACAGUAUCUCCGUCAGCAGACGGGGGAGAUGGGUGUGAGAUGGCUUGCGAAGCUGUGGUCGUCUCACCCACCGUGACUGCACCGCGGACCAAGUUUCGCUUCCAGGAGCCCGUCACGUCGACCAGCAUCGCCAUGUCUAUCCAGCGCGCCGACGAACGAUACUUAACACACUUCAUCGAUCAGGUCUCCACCCUUCUGAUCAUCUAUGACAACCCCAACACCGUCAACCCAUACCGCGCAUAUUUCCCGGACUUUGCUCGGUCAUCGCCGACAAUGAUAAAUGCCAUGCAGGCAUUGGGCGCAUUACACCUUGCGAAUACAGCAACAGGAACACAGCGGAACAAACAUUUUCAACAAGCGAUGGGGAAAUACGGGACCGUGGUGAAGGGAUUCCGUGCUCGAUACGUAGAUCCCAGCCAGCAGCUAGGUCUGACUGAUUUCGCCACGUGCUUGUUGUUAUGUCUAUUCGAGAUGAUGGACUCCCAGCACCAGAAUUGGGCUGUACAUCUCAAAGGCGCGCGCGAGAUCUACAAUCUACUUUUCUACCCAAAUACCGGAGAUUCAAGACGCGAAGUCCAACGCGUUGCUGACACAAACCACCCACUCCGCUCAUUCCUCGUUUCUUUACUCUCCUACCUCGACGUGGCUGGCGCGUGUGCAACGCCAGGUGGCACAGUGGUCAGAGGUAGUUAUUGGAAGACCAUGGGAGGAGGGUGGGAAUAUAACCUCGGUACCCCGAGCCUAUCCACCACAAUACCGGAUAACCCACGUCUGGUUGAACUACGAGAAGCGUGGUCCAGCCUGAUGGAAAUCCAGGCGACGAUUAGCACAUUCGCACAAGAUAAGAAGACGUGGAUGACGAAUGACCAGUCUGACAUGAUGUACAAAGAUAUCUUCAAUCAGCUUGUGAUGUGGCGGGCGGAGACGCCCGUCUCUUUGCAGCUGGUGGGUGAUCUGGAUGAUGAGAGUAUUGCUGAAUAUCCGUAUCCCGAUGUUCUAGAGUAUGCUGGGUGUAUUGAAGCAUAUGAGAAGGCGACUUUCGUCUAUCUGCACCAGAUUGCUGGGGCUGGCCGUGUUCGUUGGAUUACUGAUUACACCUAUUUGGAUAUGUUAGUUAGCCGCAUUGUCAUGUUGAUUUGCAGGCUAUCUAAGGGUGUUGGGCAGUUGGCUGUUUUGUGGCCGCUUUUCAUUGCUGGGCAGGAGACUCGCAAUGAAGAUGAGCAGAAAUAUGUGCGCCAGACUAUGCAUGAGUUGAAACGAUUCGGUUUUAAGAAUGUUGAUAAAGGCCUCGAGGUCCUAGAAGACAUCUGGCUCAAGCGACGCUCCUUUCCAGAUGGCUGGAUCAAGACAUUGGAUGAAGUCCAGCCGAACAUUCUUCUUCCCUGA